GGACCUUGGCCGUUUCUGAGAGCCUGUCUGUCCGUAGAGUUUCGGUAUUUGCGGACCUGGACCGCUGUUUAUGAAAACGCCUGGAGUGAAGUCCAUUCUCUUGGCUUGAAGUGUUCCUAACUCCAGGCGGGGCAGUAGCAAGGGGUCCGUGGUCGAGCGCUGGAAUCAUGGAGGCGCCAGGGUCUGCGCCGCCCCGCCGCCAUGUCUACGGCACCCCGUGGCCCGCCUACGCCCUCGCGUGCUCCGCGGACCAGGCCGCCGAGCACCGGCUCGCCGUCGGCAGCUGCAUCGAUGGCGACUCCAACCAGAUCCAGGUCGUGGGGCUGAGCGACGGUGCGGGCGCGAUGGAGUUGAAGGCCGAGGCCCCGCACCCGCUGGCCCCGACGAAGCUGGGGUGGAGGCCCGCACCGCCUGGCGCCGACAGCGGCGCGGACUUCGACCUCCUGGCCUCGGUCAGCACCGCGCUGGAGCUCUGGAGGUAUGAGGAGGGGCGGCUGGAGCGGAGCGCGAAGCUGUCCAGCGCCAAGGGGCACCGCAGCCUCGCCCCGCUGACCUCCUUCGACUGGAGCCAGGCGAACCCGCAGAAGCUCUGCACGUCGUCCGUCGACACGACCUGCACCAUCUGGAAUCUUGAGGUGGAGAAGAUAGAGUCGCAGCUGAUCGCCCACGAUAAGGCCGUGUACGAUAUCGCGUUCUCGCACGCCGAGACCCACUUCGCCUCGGUCGGGGCAGACGGCUCGGUGCGCCUGUUCGACCAGCGCAACCUGGAGCAUUCCACGAUAAUCUACGAGGCAUCUCCUCUGUCGCCACUCCUGCGACUGGCCUGGAACAAGCUGAACCCGAAUCACAUCGCCGUGCUCGCGAUGGACUGCCCCGGGGUCGUCCUCAUCGACCUGCGGAGGCCCUCCAUGGCGCUCGCGGGCCUCUCGCACUUGGACUCCUCCGUGAAUAGCAUCUGCUGGGCCCCGCACUCCCGCAACCACCUGCUGGCCGGCAGCGGCAGCGGGCACGCGCUCAUCUGGGACGUGUGCGAGGCUCCCGCGGCCCCGCUGGCGCCGGGCGCCGCGGCGGAGGGCUGCCCCGAGAGGGCCCCCCUGGUGGCCUACAACUGCGGCCACGAGGUGUACCAGGCGCACUGGCCCGCGGCGCAGCCGGACUUCGUUGCCCUCGGCACCGCCGGCCAGACGAUGGUCAUGCAGAUCUAGGUCUGGGCCGCCGUGGUCCGCUGGGCGGUGCCGCGGCGGCGGCCGAAGGCCGCCUGCGCACCCGCAGGACUGAGCACGCGGUGCCGCCAGCUGCAAGACUGUCGCAGGUGCAGUGCGAAUGUGCAAAUGAGCCCAGCGCGGCCCUCAGUCGGCCCCACCCUGCAGCGCCCCGUCGGCGUCCCGCGCGGGUCGCAGGUCGCCGUCGCAGUCUCAGUCGACCCCAGUCAGAGACGCCAGUGGCGUUCGCCGCGCCCAGGCAAGCUGCAAGCAAGCUGAGUGUGAGGCAUACAUACGCAUACACAUAUCACAUAUUUGCAUGCGUAUCGAAGAUGCCUACGGCGAAUCACCACCGCCCCCUGCCUUUUGAAAUCGCCCAUAUGGCCAAGCGUUGUGGCAAGAGCUCUGCCGCGCUAUUGGACCAUGCGUUCGCCCAACCGUUGUGGAAACCCUUCGGGGAACGUUU